CCCUUGUAUCUAAAGCCCUAAACCCAUCUGCCAUCUCCCCCACCUUCUCUCCACUCUCCUCUGCUCCUCGCACCGCCGCCGCCGCCGCGACGCGACGCAAUGGCUUCCGCCGCGGUGCUCCGGAACGCCGGCUCCCGCCGCCUCUUCUCCUACCCGACCCUACGCGCCGCCACGAUCUCGGCGCCCGCCGCUCUCCCCGAUGCGCCCGCCGCGGCGGCGGCGCCGACCCAGCCGCCGCCGAUGGCCGGGACCCUCUGGGCCAGGUCCAUGGCCACCUUCACGCGCACGAAGCCCCAUGUAAACGUCGGUACCAUUGGGCACGUCGAUCACGGCAAAACCACUCUCACUGCUGCCAUUACCAAGGUUCUAGCCGAGGCGGGGAAAGCCAAAGCCAUCGCUUUUGACGAGAUCGACAAGGCUCCGGAGGAGAAAGCGAGAGGAAUCACCAUAUCAACGGCUCAUGUGGAGUAUGAGACGGCUAAAAGACAUUAUGCUCAUGUGGAUUGCCCCGGACACGCUGAUUAUGUCAAGAACAUGAUCACUGGAGCUGCUCAAAUGGAUGGCGGCAUUCUUGUCGUUUCAGCACCUGAUGGCCCGAUGCCACAAACAAAGGAGCAUAUUCUACUUGCUAGACAGGUUGGUGUACCUUCACUUGUGUGCUUCUUAAACAAAGUUGAUGCUGUUGAUGAUCCAGAGUUACUCGAACUUGUAGAGAUGGAGCUCCGUGAGCUCCUCAGUUUCUACAAGUUUCCAGGUGAUGAAAUUCCGAUCAUCCGAGGAUCAGCCUUGUCAGCAUUGCAGGGAACCAAUGAUGAGAUCGGAAAGAAUGCCAUAAUGAAACUAAUGGAUGCUGUUGAUGAGUACAUCCCUGAUCCUGUGAGGCAGCUUGAUAAGCCUUUCUUGAUGCCGAUAGAAGAUGUUUUCUCUAUCCAGGGUCGUGGAACUGUUGUGACUGGGCGUGUUGAACAGGGAACAAUUAAAACCGGUGAAGAUGUUGAGAUUUUAGGUUUGACACAGAGUGGUCCUUUGAAGACUACGGUUACUGGUGUUGAGAUGUUCAAGAAGAUAUUGGAUCAUGGAGAGGCUGGUGACAAUGUUGGUCUUCUCCUUCGUGGUCUUAAGCGUGGUGAUGUUGAGCGUGGUCAGGUGGUGUGCAAGCCUGGUACUCUUAAGACAUACACAAAGUUUGAGGCAGAAAUAUACGUCCUUACAAAGGAUGAAGGUGGUCGGCACACAGCUUUCAUGUCGAAUUACAGUCCACAGUUCUACUUCAGGACUGCUGAUGUCACUGGAAAAAUUGAGUUGCUUGGUGACAUGAAGAUGGUUUUGCCCGGUGACAAUGUGACUGCAAAUUUCGAGUUGAUAUCGCCUGUUCCUCUUGAACAAGGGCAAAGAUUUGCGCUGAGGGAAGGAGGGAGAACUGUUGGUGCUGGAGUUGUCUCCAAAGUUAUUAGCUAAUCAGUUUCCACUUUGUUUCCAGUAGCAAUUUAGCAAAAAUGAAUGUUGAUACAUGUCGGACCGGGUUAGAAACGAGAGCAAAGGAACCUGUUUUGCAUUUUUCUUGGAAUGCAUGAGCAAAAGGCCAGGUUGGCUGGCCCGGCCACCAUUCUGGACAGUCGCUUUUGUUUCCUUGUUGAGGUGGUGCUCUAUAACACCGCAGUUAAUUUGGUUAACACGCUUGUUGGGCAUAUAUAACUCAGUGAUGGAAUAAGACUAGUCUCGUCAUAAUCA